GUCCACUGUUUGCAUUUAGCUGACUUACACUGAUGUCUCAUGUGGCCUAAAUACUGUACACAUUUACAUGCGGUUCUUCUUAUAUGCAAACAAAUUUGAUUUACACGUUUUCCCCUGUUUUUAUUGAAUUUGUGUUUAGCAUGUUGAACCCUUUUUAAUCAUCAUUUACAGCCUUUUUGUAGAACAAAGAAGAAUGUCUCAUAGAUUGUAAUUUAAUGUAACCGACGUUAAGGUUACAUUAAACAUAACCUUCUUUUGUAUUGACCAGCUUGUUUGUGCGUUCUCUAAUGUAAUUACAGAUACUUUACUCUUUCUGCAGGGCCCACUGAGGAACACUUGUGGUCACUUCUGGCAAAUGAUUUGGGAACAACGCUGCAAAGCAGUUAUUAUGCUUAACAGAGUUAUAGAGAAAGGCUCGGAGAAAUGUGCACAGUAUUGGCCAUCAAAGGAGGAGCGAGACAUGGAUUUUAUUGACACUGGGUUUAUGGUGACUCUGGUGUGUGAGGAUGCCAAACCGAAUUACAAAAUCAGACUGUUGGAACUUAAAAAUGGCAAGACUGGAGAAACCAGAGAGAUCUACCAUUUUCAUUACACAACGUGGCCUGAUUUUGGUGUGCCAGAGUCCCCAGCAUCAUUCCUCAACUUCCUUUUCCAGGUUCGAGAGUCUGGCUCAUUGGGGCCAGAGAACGGACCUGCGGUGGUCCACUGCAGUGCAGGAAUAGGAAGAUCUGGGACUUUCUCAUUGGUUGACACCUGCCUUGAUUUGAUGGACAAGAGGAAAGACCCUUCGUCUGUGGACAUACAAAAGAUUUUGUUAGAUAUGAGAGAGUAUCGAAUGGGCCUUAUCCAAACCCCAGAUCAGCUUCGAUUUUCAUAUAUGGCAGUCAUGGAGGGAGCAAAGAGCAUCCUCGGAAACUCAGCUCUACAGCAGAAGCAGCCUACAGAAUGGCAGGAACCAGAAGCUUAUUUGGUUUCAUCUUCUCAGAGCUCCAUCUUGAGUUCAGAGAAACUCAACGGACAGUCUGACUCUUGUUCAGAGUCACAUGAUCCAGGAAGAGAACAAGACGGCAUACAUUCACCAAAGGAAGAGCAUACAGAGUUAAAAACAUUAAGUUUAUGCAAGCUGAACCGUGAGGAGCGGAUAGCCAGCACGGCACAGAGGGUGCAGCACAUGAAGCUGAAACUAAGCGAUUCGGAGAAGACAAAAGAGAAGUGGCUAUUUUGGAAACCAAUUCUCCUAAAUGUCGGUGCUGGUGCAGCUGUAGCACUGGGACUGUGCAUGUGCUGGGCUUUUCUGUCCCAGUAAUGCGGUUUUAUCCCACAGAUUCCACUUCCUGUCUUUUAUUUUGCACAGGGACCCAAAUUAUGGUACUCAUAUUAGUAGGUGC